AUGAAGCAUCAAGCUGAUAAACAUAGGCAGGAACGUCUCUUUAAGGUUGGUGACAAGGUCUUAAUCAAGUUACAACCUUAUCGCCAAUUGUCUGUUGAGAAAAGAUCCAAUCAUAAGUUAGCCAAACGAUACUUUGGCCCUUAUGUUGUCGAGCAAGUCAUUAGUCCUGUAGCUUAUCGAUUAACUCUACCCGCUGGAAGUAUGAUUCAUCCAGUGUUUCAUGUUUCAGUGUUAAAACAAUUUUAUGGCCCUAAUGCUGUUAGUUGUGAACCUCUGCCAUCAGUAAUUGUGCAGAACAAACCAGUUCAACAACCUCUUGCCAUUUUGGACUCGCGGGAAGUGCUGGUCAAUGGUGUUCCACAGCAGCAACAUUUGAUCCAGUGGUCAGCUACGGUUCCGGAGGAUGCAUCAUGGGAAGCAGCUGCCGAUUUGCGCAAGACGUAUCCACAAUUGCACCUUGAGGACAAGGUCACCGUCGAAGGGAGGGCAGUUGAUACGGUAGCAAGAAGGGGAGCCAGACUUAAGGGUGGUCCAACAUGGGUCAAAGACUUUGUUUUAUAA